AUGAGCAACUGGGGUAACGCGCGGUCCGUAGGCGGGAAGGCUGGCUACCAAGGUGGUGGAAACACUAGUUCCGGCUCCUUCUCCGGACCCGAUUUUAACAACCUCUACCUUCAAAAGAGAUCUACCGAUAAAGAGUCUAUCAAAAGACGUGAGAGCAUAUCAAAUCAAUACAACACCGGAUUUAUAGGCAAGAUGUGGAAACGGUAA